AUGGAUAGUUGUUUUUCCUCUAAUUAUGAUUCCCUAGGUUCUUAUUCUAUCGAAGUCACUCUAAUACCAUAUUUCAAAAUUAUUAAAAAAGAAAUAAUACAGAAAAUAAAUUCCUUAAUUAAUGUAAAUAAUAAAGAUAAUUUUAGGGAAGGAUGCAGAUAUUUGGCUAAUUAUCUAAUUGAGAACAGUAAUCCACCACAACUUUAUAAAGAUCUUAAAAGAACAUGGAAAGGAGCAAUAAACUUUUGGUUAAAAAAUCAUUAUAAAAAGCUAGAUAAAUAUGGAGGAUGCCCUUUGAUUUUAGAUGAAAAAGAUAAAGAAAUUUUAGAAUUAAAGUAUGAAGAAUUAGAUUUCUGUGAAAAGAAAAAGAGAGACUUCGAUGAAAUAGAUAAGUUACGUAAAAUAUCAAAGGAUUCUGGUAUAUAUAGAAGUAUGUGUAACGCAUAUAACGAAUGGAUUGAACAGAAGAACAACUAUUUUGAGCACAGGAAAAGCAUUUUUAAAACAUGCUACGGAACAAAAGGCCAAAAAAAAAGAAAAAGAGGAAGAUCAGGAUUUAUAUGCGACUUAAUGAAUCCUCAAACUUUCCAAAUUAUAUCUAACUGCCCCCCACCAAAUGUACUACCACCUCGUAAAGCUGAACCUGCAAAAGCAGAUAUAGAUUCACAAAAACGAGAUCAAGAAAAACAUGAAGAAUCAACUAUUCCACAUGAAUCACCGAAACAAGACAAACAAACUCAUCCUACAGAGAGAACUGGAACUAAAGGAAUAGAUCAAAAUUUAGAUCAUAAUCAAAAUGUACAAAAAACUGAACGAGAUCUGGAACCUCCAGUUCAACUCGAAAUACAAACACAAGAACAAGUAUCAUCACUUGAGUCUUCACCUAAGGAAAAUGAUCCUAAUCCUGAAGAUUCUUUACAGUCUGAAACACCAUCACUUUCCCCAAAUUCUGAGUCAUCCAGAGAAGUAUCAGGCGUAUCUAUACCAUCUCCCCAAUAUUCACUAAUCAUCAAACGAGAUAAUUCCUCAGAAUAUAAUCAAUCUCCUAAAAUAUUAAAAUCCCCCUCAAGUGCUUUAUUCGCCUUAUUACGGAUGUUGAAAAAAAAAAAAAAGAUAAACAAAAAAUAUGUAAAAUUCCUGAGAAUAUUAAUACCUUCAUCCCGUACAAGAAGAAGUGAACUUCUAACACAGGGUUAUUUAGAACACCCCAAAUAUGGUGAUGAAGAAAUCAUAAAAAAACUAAAAAUACAUGAAUGUAACAUGAUCAAGAAGGUAAAUACGUUAAAUCAAAAAAAUGAAAGGACUAAAACUAUCAUAGAAGUACAUUUCGAAGUACUUGAAGCGUACAGAAAAGAAGAAUGGGAAUGCAAAAAAGGAGAAUUUUUAGAAAUAUGCCUAGAUGUAUUAACAAAAGAAAGAUAUGAAACUCAUUCUAAUUUAACAAAUGAUGAUCUAAUAAUGAAAAACGAUAAAAGUUGCGAUCAUAUUGAAAAACAAGAAAUCUUAUGGAACAAGUGGAUAGAAAGACAUAAAAAUAUUUCUGAUAAAUUUAAAAAAGUGGACUGGUUUAAUAAUUUGAAAAAUGAUUGGAAAAAAGAAAAAUCAUACAUAAAAAGAAUGGAAGAAUUAAAAAAUAAGUCAUCGAAUGAAUAUAAAAAUGUUCUGUUCUUGGAAAGAGAGAAAGAUGUAUGGAGGAGGUGGAUAUCAGAAAAGGGAAAUAUUCUAAAACAAUAUAUUGAUCUAAACUGGUUUAAUGAAUUAUCAGAGGUUAACCAGAAUAUAUUAGAUGAAUACAAAAAUGAAGAAAAAUCAAAUGAUGUGUCACUAAUAAAUAUAGAAGAACUGGAACAUAGAAAAAAUUAUGAAGAAUUAUAUAAAUAUAUAAAAACAAAAUUACUAUCAAAACUUUGUAUAUUAGUACUUAUGACAAUAUUAGAAGAAUGCAAAAAAGAAGAGUAUAUAGAAGAUAGAGAAUUACAUUUAGAUAAUUCCAUAAAUGAAAGGAAAAUUAAAAAAAAUUCAGAAAAAAUACCAGAAAUUUCAGAUAAAUUUAUUGAAAAGUAUAGUAACGUUUAUGAAAAUAGCAAAAAUAGCAAUAUUCAUAAUAAUAUAGAGGAGAACUUCUUUAGGGAAAAGAUGAAUGAUUGGAUAGGAGAAGAAGUAACAUAUGUAAAUUCCAUAGAAAGUUUGAGUAAUAUUGACAAAUAUUAUAACAGUUCAUCCUAG